AUGCUGACAACCGCGGGAAAGAGCAAGACGCGGCGCGUGCCCCUUCCUGGAAGUAUUCGGCUUCCCCAGGUAGCUGAAGCAUCCCCCGUCGGCGCAGUCGCCAUGUCUCAUCCUGCGAAGAAGCCUCGUACGCACCACAUGAUGGUGGCCCAAGCAAACAAGCAACUGAAAAUUCGCUACGAUGCGUACCUCGACCGACUACUGAACGCGACUUGCCCAGAGGAUGACGAGGAAGAUGACGUGAGUUCCCCCGUUGUGGUUUGUGAGUCGAUUUCGAAAGACGCUUUCCGAAAGUGGGAAGAAAAACACGGAGGCGACCUUGGACGUUGGGAGUACGUUCCGUUGGAUGCCACCUUUGGUCGCAUUGAAAUCGACAGUUUGACGUCUGCUGUACACGAAGAAGCAGCGGGACUUCAACGCGCAGAUGAAACGAUGAGCGGUAGGCAGUCUGCCAACACGUUCCCGAAUGUCAUCAUUGAAAUUUCCUACUUGAACGGCUCGUGGAACACGCUCGUGGCAAAAUUGCAUCGCUGGAUCAGCCCCGAAACGACUGUUCAAGUUGCCAUUGGAGUCCAAGUGUGCAAGGUCUCUCACUUGCGUGACGACUGCGAGGACCCCCCCCCCCAAAACCCAAUGAUGGACAAGUUCUUGAUCGACUUAGGCUCUGAGGGUAUUAGAUCUAUGAACAACUUUACCGUCACCGAGUUCGAGUCGCUGUGGCCGAUGGUGGACGAUACUAUGAACACUGCGUGGAUGGAAGGUCGUGGCCGGCGCUCAACGACUAGCCCCAAGGACGCGCUAUUUAUGGCCCUCGCCGUGUUGAAACACUUUUCACCGUGGGAAAAACACGCACCUGACUUUGGGUACAAGGCACCAACCUUCGAGAAGCUCAUCAUGCGCGUCCUACACUCUGUUCAGCCUGUGCUCUACGUCGAGUUGAUUCGAGUUCCAUCCAUGUCCGACCUGUCCAACUCGGAUCGACGAUUUGACCAUUUUUCGUACGUGCUGUAUGAAGUCGAUGUGACGUUUCAGCCAGCACAGCGUCCAACGGGACGCUUUGCGGAGCAGAAUCACUACUUCAGCGGGAAGCUCCAUCUAUACGGUUACAAGAUCGAGGCAAGCGUGUCACCGGAAGGCCGAUGUGUCGCAAUGCAGUACCGGGGGUCGUGGGCGUGUUUGGUCGACAUGGGCUACAUCGGAAUUGCCCACUCGCUGCGGGGUAUUCAUCCGAAGCGUCGACCGGUGCACGGCGUAUUGGAUGCCCAUGACAUGGAUCGAAACCACGAUAUCUCUUCCGAUCGGGUGGUUGUGGAGAACUUUUUCGGUCGCGUGUGCACUCUCUGGAAGAUUUCCUUGGCUACGUACACUUGGAGCGAGAAAAACUACAACACGAUCCAGCGCACGACGUUCGCAUUGACGAACUUCCACCUCUCGUUGAUACCAUUGCCGCGGAGGACGAAGGGUUUUACAGAUCUGUAA